AAGAGACCCACAUUCAGGACAAAAAGGCAAGUUAUGCACUUUAUUCAUUCAUAUAUUCAAUAUGUUAUAUUUAAAAAACCCACUGCAUAGACUAUAUUAUGUUACAAAGCUGGUUUAAACUCUGUAUAAUCUCACGUACAUUCUGGCUAUUCGGGCAAUUAUGACAUUCAGGUGACCUUGAAGCUUCUACAGCAGACGAACAAAAAGACCUUGUGAAGGUCGGUUUUAUUCGCAAUCACCGUCAGGAUUUCAUACACAUCCUUAUAUAGCUAGUUACCGGAGAUAGCUAAUUCCUGUUAUGAGUCUGCGUUGUAGUCUGUGAAACAACAUAAUAACUCGUUAUAGAAUUCUAGAUAACAACCAAAGGGUGAGUGUUUAAACACAAUUUCUGUUUAUUUCCUCCUAAUUAUAAUUUAUUAUGUGUCACGGAUGAUUUAUACCAGUGUAUCGAUAUUUCAAUAAUAUACAAUUAAUUUAUUUUAUAAUAGACCUCGUUUACUCAAUGAAAUAUACAUGUAGUUUUUUUCCGUGUAAUAUUUAUUAAUAUAAAGCUGUGCGUGAUAGCAAAUCAUUUGAUUAUUUAUUAUAUACUCGUUCCAUUACUAUACCGUUUUCAUUAUAAGUCAGACCCGUUACUAAUUAUGAAUUAAAUAUAAUCUAUUAUUAUUUACGUAUACGUCAAAUAAAUUUAAGAUUAAUGUAUACAUUAUAUAUUACUGUUAAUACAGAUAUCUGUUCAAUAUUGAUCUAAUGGAUCGUCAUCUGUAUUUCGUCAGAUUGCAACAGAUGAUGUUUGCCGCGUGCUCUAUGCCAGGUGGUUUAACGUUGUCUACCUGGAAGUGCGGGGUUCUUUGAUUCUAUAAAUCUCAGACCAGCUGUAUGUAUGUGUAAUCGUAGUUGAAAAUCAAACGUUAUUUGUGAACUUUCUAAAUAUUUACGAUACAGUUUCCUCGUGAUUAACAGGGGUUUCCUUCUUGUGUAAUAAUAAGAUACUUAAAGGGAUAGCAAAUAACGCAUUUGUGAUAUGACGCAAUAGUUUCGGGAAUCUUUUGUUUGUUAAACGUUUAGAAAAUGGUUUGAAACUGAAAUCCGCUACUUUCGUUAAACUGUCUCCUAUCUGAUCGAGUGGCAUUCUUGAUUUUUCAUGACAAAAUUCCUUUUAAAAUUUAUUUCGUGAAUUGCUACUUUAAACAUUUACUCAACAGCAUACAGUAUUACUUAAAAUGUCAUGUCAUGCAUUUGCGGUUAGGUUAUAUCCUUAAACUCGUUGUAUUUCAUAGCUUACCUUGGAUGUUCAAAUACACGCUUUGAUUAGACGAAGGGUGCAACAUUCUUUAAGACUUUUGUUCUUUUGGCAUGUCACGCACUCUUUACCAUGUAAAACCCCUAUUCAUCUCACAAACUAAACGGAUCAAGAAACUGUUUCAUAAUAUGUACCAAAUGUUAAAAGGGUUGUAUCUCAACUCCCAUUAUAUUUUAAAAUUCUGAUCACAUAAAAAAUAUCUUAUAAUGUGUCUGGGAUUUUAUAACUGUAUGAUGAAGUCAGUUUACGAUCGCGUCCCGACAGAACUCUCUACGAUGAUGUGACCACUUAAAUUCGACAUAACCUACAUGCAUCGACUUGGGAUAAAUAUGGCCCACAAGACUGCUUGGCCCCCUUUAUGAUACCCCCCCCCCCAAAAAAAAAGAAGAAAAAAAAGUAACAUCAUCGACAAGCAACAUUAGCCAUUUACAAUGGUAUCCUAUAGUUUGAAAAUCUUCUUCGGGGUUCUCCAUGUUUUUUAUUUUAGAAUAGUAGUUUCCGGAUAUUGCAAGAUGGAUAACCAAAAUGAUACAGUUGAUAGCAAAAGUAAUUCUGAAAGUACACAAUUAAAUCCAGAAACAAAUGAAAACAUACCUAAAGUUGCCCCAACAAAUUCCCCAAUAGUAAAGAAACCGACAAAGUCUCCUGAUAAAGCGACAUUAUUAAGUCGAGUUAAAGACAGAACCAGGACUAUUUCCUCCAGUAGCCAGGAAUCUAAUGCCUCCUUAAGGCGGAGAUAUUUAAACCAGAGACGAAGUUCAAGUUUUGAUCUGUCUCAUCACAACGCUCCUCUACAUAAAGAAGAUCUUCCACCCUUUCCAGAUCAUAUUGAUCUAUCAAUAGUACCAUGGUGGACCUCCAAACGUCUCCAGCUGGCGGUGAUAUGUUUCUUUGGUUUUCUAUGUCUCUAUUCCCAGAGGGUUAAUCUGAGUAUUGCCAUUGUGUCUAUGGUAGAUCAUAGUGGCAAACUUGAACCCCGUGACAAUAAUUCUUAUCUUUACCUAAACUCAAGCAUGACCAUCAACUUGACGACACAGACGAAGUGUCCAGAGGCUUUGUCUAGUCAUUCAAGUCCUGGUGAAUUUACAUGGAACAAAGAACUACAGGGGUUAAUUUUGGGAUCUUUCUUCUGGGGUUAUUUAUCAUUACAAGUUGCUGGUGGCUGGUUGAGUGAAAGAUUUGGAGCUAAGAAAGUGAUAGCUAUAGGAAUGUUUCCGGUGGCCAUCUUGAAUAUUUUGAGUCCAAUUAGUGCUCGCGCCAGUCCGUAUUUAUUUAUAUUUGUGAGGAUCAUCGUAGGAAUAGGUGAGUCUGUAAUGUAUCCAGCAGCACAGGCAUUAUGGGCCAGAUGGGCUCCACCCAAUGAAAGAAGUCGUCUUAUAGGACUUUCAUAUGCAGGUGGACAGUUUGGUAAUGCUUUAAUAUUUCCUAUUGGUGGAUUUUUAUGUCACUAUGGGUUUGAUGGCGGAUGGCCUUCAGUAUUUUACGUCAUAGGUUCAGUAGGGUUUAUAUGGACAGUAAUAUGGUGUAUAUUUGCCCAUGAUUCACCCGGUGACCAUCCAACUAUAUCUACUAUAGAGAAAGAUUAUAUACAGCAUUCUCUGGGUGUAAAGCAAGAAUCAUUUAAAAGGAAUCACAAAACUCCAUGGUCAUCAAUAUUCAAGUCUAAAGCAGUGUGGGCGAUUAUUGUAGCACAUGCUUGCGGUAAUUAUGGUAUCUACAUGUUGUUAACACAGAUCCCUACUUACAUGAAGGAAGUUUUAAAAUUUGAUAUUAAAGCGAAUGGUGUAUUCUCCAUGCUGCCGUAUUUAUGUUUUUGGCUGUUUAUUCUAAUAUCCGGAACUACUGCCGAUUUCCUUAUCAAAAGAGAAAUACUAUCAAUAUCUAAAACUAGAAAAAUAAUGACGUGCAUAGGUACCAUUGUCCCAGGAAUAUUCCUGAUAGGAACUGGUUAUAUGGAAUGUGAUCAGAAAAUGGCAGCCGUGGCCAUGUUAACUAUAGCAGUUGGUGUAUGUGGAGUUCAUUUCAGUGGGCAUUUUAUCAAUCAUAGUGACAUAGCACCACCGUUUGCAGGGACAUUAUUUGGAAUAUCAAACACAGUAGCCACUGUUCCUGGUAUUCUGGCGCCAUAUAUUGUUGGAGCUAUGACUAAAAACGGAACCCGAGAAGAAUGGUUAAUUACAUUUUAUAUAGCAGCCGGUGUUUAUACCUUUGGUGCUCUAAUUUUUGUCAUUCUUGGUGAAGGUGAAGUUCAGUCCUGGGGUCAUAUUGAACAUACCACGGACAUGGAAUUAGGCAACAUGGAUGAAAGAUUGGCUCUUUCGUUGCAUUCUAUACAGGAAGAAAACACAGAAAAUAACCACAGCAACCAUACGAAUAAGGAUGACGAUAUACAUACGAAAGUCAAUGGUAGCAGCAAAGAGGUGGUCUAAAUCAUGUACCAUACAUUACAAAGAAAGAAAACAUUUUUGGACCAGGAAUUGUGCCCCAAUUGCUAUCUCGUUGUUCUUCUUGUUCUUAGGGUCGAUGCUCUCCGACAAUUAAAGAACAUGAAAUUCAGCAUGCUUUUUCCUUGUGUGCAUCGAUUGACAGACGCCAAGAUUCGGCGAUGAGGUCAUGCUCGGUUCCAGACACAUAGUGUGCAGGUACAAGUUUCUCCUAUUGUGUGAGGAUUUAUUUUCUUAUAAUAUUACAUUCACAUGUAAAAUACAUGGACUUACGUUUCGAUAACGGGCGGUGUAAGCAUAACCUUCCUUACGCGCAGUCUAGGGGUAAGUAAAGCUAAUUCAAAGAAAUAUCGGGAAUUAAUGACAACAUGAAGGCAUUAGUUCUCGGUAAGGCAAUAGACCUUAUAUCAGAAUCAAAUCGGCAGCGUUCGACCAAUCUCUUCUAUUUGACAUUUAAUGGUAUAUGGUAUAUUGCGUAGAGUGCAUAAGUAUCAUACAAUUUUGGUGCUAUUGAAUAGCCUGAUAAUACAAUAGGCAAUUGUAACGACGGAGUUACCGGUGACAUGCAGUUUUCAAAACUGGUAUAUUUAUUGUUCAUUUUAUCAAAGUUGUUAAACCUGAUAGAAUUAUUGUUCAUUUAAUCAAAGUUGUUAAAACUAGUUACUAAAUGCCUCUUAAAGAUUGUUAAAACUGAUAGAAUUAUUGUUCAUUUUAAUCACAGUUUUUGAAACCGAUAUAAUUUUCAUUUAAUCAAAGUUUUUUUUUUGUUUUUUAUACUUGACAUUCAUUGGCUUGUUGCUAUUCCCCAACGCAUAUCACAUAUUAAUAUUUUACCUUUAAAAAAACAUGUAUAUUUUCUCACAGAUGAUAAAAAUAACAACAGACAGUUAUAAUACUUUAUUUCUAAACAGUAUUGGUCAAUGAGUGACUGCCAGGGUGUUUACCCUCACUUGCCAUUCUCAUUUGUGUCAUCAAUAUUAUAAAUAUAUAUAUAUCAAACCACGUAUUUGGUAUAUUGUGCUAUUUUUGUUGUUAGUCAUGAAAUAUUGUUUCGUAAAUUUUAAUAGAUGUUGAUAUUUCUACGUAUGUUUUAUUUUAUUUGUUAAAUUUGGAUAUAGUUCAUGCAUAUAUUUGUUGUUAAAAAAGUAUUUUUGGUUUAGUGUAUAUUUAUAAUAUGAAAUAUGUAUUUUGUGAAUCUCAUCUUAAAGUUUCAGAUAUAAAUCCUACCUUUGAA